AUGUCUGCCAAAAGCGUCAAAGGUGAGGGCGGCAAGAAGCCCGCUAGCGCCGCAACCAAUUUGAUCGCUGGAGGAGGUGCUGGAAUGAUGGAAGCCCUUGUCUGUCAUCCGCUCGACACCAUCAAAGUGAGAAUGCAAUUGUCCAGAAGAGGGAGAGCGCCAGGGACGAAGAAGCGUGGCUUUCUCCAAACAGGAAAAGACAUUGUUAAACGGGAAACGUUCUUUGGCCUGUACAAAGGUCUCGGGGCUGUUCUCACGGGUAUUGUUCCUAAGAUGGCCAUUCGAUUCACAUCCUACGAAUGGUACAAGCAAUUACUGGCAGAUGAAAAUGGUAUUGUCAGUUCGCAGGCCACUUUUAUCGCUGGAUUGGGUGCCGGUGUGACAGAAGCAGUCGCCGUAGUGACUCCGAUGGAAGUGGUCAAAAUCCGCAUGCAAGCCCAAUACCACAGUUUAUCCGACCCUCUCGAUAUCCCCAAAUACCGAAGCGCCCCCCACGCCCUAUUGACCGUGGUCCGAGAAGAAGGAAUCGGCGCCUUAUAUCGCGGUGUGUCGCUAACCGCACUCCGACAAGGAACAAACCAAGCCGUCAACUUCACCGCAUACACGGAACUGAAACAACUGUUACAAAAAUGGCAACCGCAGUAUGACGGGAAGAAUCUGCCCGGAUACCAAACGACGGUGAUCGGGCUCAUUUCGGGCGCAAUGGGUCCGUUCUCCAAUGCCCCCAUCGAUACGAUCAAGACGAGAUUACAAAAGACACCGGCGGAGCCAGGCCAGACGGCGAUCUCCCGCAUCAUGACUAUAUCAAGAGAUAUGUUCAGGCAAGAAGGUCCGCGAGCAUUUUACAAGGGAAUCACACCGCGAGUAAUGAGAGUGGCGCCCGGUCAAGCCGUCACUUUUACCGUGUAUGAAUUUUUGAAGAAGAAGUUGGAAGACAGUAAUUGGAUGUUCGUGGGAGGGAAGUACGAAGAAUGA